ACAAUAUCAAAACGUGAAAGAUGAAAAGUACAAUUAAACAAAAUAUUUAACGCACAACUUCAUAUGUGAUUUAACGCCAAACUAACAUUAAAUCAAAUAAAACUUAAUAAAUUUAUACGAAUUCAACCAAUUUUUUAGCAAUGUCUCUAAUAACAGGCAGCAUUAAAGAUAUACUUUCAAUUAAACUCAAAAGCCGGCAUGAUGCUUAUACUGAUCAGUUCAGUCGAAUAUUUAUGACAAAAAUGUUCAUUAUAUCUGCCUUGAUUAUGAGUGUUGAUUUCUUCAAUGACAAAGUAGCUUGUAUACAAAGCGACUCUAGAAUGACUUCCGAAUUUGUCCACAGUACUUGCUGGAUUCAGGGUUUUUAUACAUUUGCCGAGUUAAAUAACUGCACCAAACACUGUGGAUAUUUUGGAAUUCCACAAGAAAUUCAAAUGGAUGGAAGAAACGAGAAAAACGAAUUAUGCAACACAAAAGCCGGAAGUAGUUGUCUACCAAUGACAAAAGUAUUCUUUGUACAGUAUCAGUAUUUCCCAUUUUAUAUUGCGUCGUUAUCGGUAUUUUAUUUUAUUCCUUAUAUUUUUUUUCGCGUUAUAAAUUCAGACCUCACUAGCCUCAAGUCAUACAUGAAAUGUACUAGUAUUACUUGUCCGAAAAAAAUUGUUGAAACUUAUUUUAAUUACAAAAUGAACGGUGGACGAUCAAAGUUACGCGUAAAAGUUAUUCUAAAUAUUGGAGUAAAAACUCUGUACGUAAUAGUCAACGUAGUUGGUUUUUUUUGUACUGAUGUCUUGCUUAACUAUCGUUAUAAAUCCUACGGUCUUCAAUGGGUUCAAUGGUCAAGAUCAAACAACUCUGUUAACACUGCUAAACCUGGAAAUCUUAUUCUUCCAGCUAUGGGGAUAUGUGAAAUUUACGAGGGAAUCAUGGAUAAGAUAUCCAAUUUGAACAAUAAACAUAAAUUCAUAUGUGAAAUAAGUCCUAAUAUCUUGUAUCAAUACGUCAUGCUUGUUUUAUGGUUCAUUUUUACGAUAGGAAUUGCUAUUUCAUGUUUAGGACUUUUGCUAAACAUAUCAUCCUAUGUUGUAAUUUACUUAAACUUCCUUAAAUGUCACGGAAAAAAAAUUAACAUGGUUCAUAAUAAUUUGUCAAUAAGAGAAAUUGAAUAUUUGCGUUACAUUCGUAAUAAAGAUCUAUCGCUAUAUAGUGACGUACAAAGGUGGUUAAAAAAGACAAGAUUUGACAAAGAAACGAUAAAUUUUUUGGAAAUCAACCAUAACAAUGCCAAACCAUAAACCUUCUAAUUAAAUAUCUAAAUAAAAAAGUGUGACAUUAAGAAAAAAAACUUGUAAAUUAACAGCUGUAUAUACAUUUUUGUCGGAUAUAUGUUUAUAUUGGUAAAUUAUGUAUAAAAAAACCCGUUACAUUUAUGCGGUUUAGGAUGUAAAGGUAAUCCUUGUAAUUAUCUACAUCUUCAUCUAAAAUGAUUAACUCUAAUGUGAGGUUAUUACAA